GAUGCGAUAAAGUGAUCAUCAGUUACUAGUCGACACCCUUCGACAGCACCAUAAUCUACAGGCGGUUGUUCAAGCAGCGACGUGGUGGGAGACUCAACUAAGCUUCAUUCUUAUCGUGUCAUCGCUCCAUAUGUUUGCAAGCUGCUUGAACAAAGUUCACGAACCCCCCCAAGGCUAUAUCCCAUACCCAGGCUCGUCCUGAUAUCCCCUGGUAACCAAGUAUCAGAAGGAUGAGCACUGAUGAACACUGGAUCGUGAUCCGCAUUUAGCUUCGGACCCAAAUGUGGACCUGCGGCCUUAGACUGCUUUGAUGGUUUCAGCCUUCGUUCACUUAUAAUUACUCGUUCAUGAUAUGCUACAUCUUCCUUCUUCGUCCACCCUCCAGCAAUGAAACGUUUGGACCUGUUCUUAGUCCUCUUUUACCUUCAUUCACUCGGAUUUCUGGUCGAAGCAAAGCUCGUAAAUGUCACCAUCGACGAUCAGAGUGCUGGGUGGAUUUUCUCUCCUGCGGAGGCAUGGAAUGAUGGCGCAUCGUGCCAAGGUUGUACUGCACACCCUGAGGCCUCGCUAGCAGUUGAUGGAACAUGGCAUGAUUCUACGUUUAAUAAGGAUACUGGCAGUAAUGACUAUCCCAAUCAAGUGCUCAAUGCAUCUAUUUCAUUCAACGGUACGGCUAUCUAUGUGAUAUGUAUCCUGGCCAAGACCACAUCCUCCCCAACUGGAAACUCUGAUAUGAGCUUCUAUAUCGACAACGAUCUUGUUGGGGAGUUCUAUCAAACCGCUCCUGGUGAAUCUGGCUAUCAAUACAACUUUACCGUAUAUUCCAACAAUUCCAUUCCCGAUGGCCUUCAUACUUUUAAACUUCAAAAUGGUCACGUUGAUGGAAUAAAAGCCCUAGUCAUCCUUGACGCCAUCAUCUACUCUAAAAAGAUACGAUGAUGGUCAGUCUGACACUCCGAGCACCAUAGCCGGUGUUUCCGAUUCGAGCGCGACAAGUACAUCUACCUCUAUCGCAUCCUCC